AAGUUACUUUGCUUAAAAAACAGCUAAGUUUAUCCGAUCCUCUGAAUUUGCUGUUUUAUUUGUAAAUGUCUCAGUAAAUACAGACAGAAACAGAACAUGUCCUAAGAAAACACAUUAUUACAGCUAAAAUUGAAACAAACCUCUGCUUUUACUACGACGGAUAACCCGGAAGUCGUUGCGUGACGUAAGCCAUGAGCACAGUUAGCUAGCUUCUGAGCUAGUUGACGAGUUGUUGUUUUCAGGGAUUGUCUUUAGUUAUUAAUCUGCCUAUCAGCGAAUAUUUCUGAGUAGGUCUGAGUCGAUAUUGGCCAUGGACGACGAAAGCUACCCAAAAACCCUGUAUGUGGGAAACCUGUCCAGGGAUGUUACAGAGAUCCUGAUUUUACAGCUCUUCACCCAGAUAGGACCCUGCAAAAGCUGCAAGAUGAUCACAGAGCACACAAGCAAUGACCCAUAUUGCUUUGUGGAGUUCUACGAGCGCAGAGAUGCAGCUGCAGCCCUGGCAGCCAUGAAUGGCAGGAAGAUACUAGGAAAGGAAGUCAAAGUCAACUGGGCAACCACCCCUAGUAGCCAGAAGAAAGACACCUCCAAUCACUAUCAUGUUUUUGUGGGUGAUUUGAAUCCAGAGAUUACUACUGAUGAUGUCAGGGCUGCAUUUUCACCUUUCGGGGCAAUCUCAGAUGCUCGUGUCGUGAAGGACAUUACAACUGGCAAAUCAAAAGGGUAUGGAUUUGUGUCCUUCUACAACAAACUGGAUGCAGAAAAUGCGAUCUCUCACAUGGCGGGUCAGUGGCUCGGAGGGCGGCAGAUCAGGACAAACUGGGCGACGCGUAAACCUCCGGCCCCAAAAAGUUCUCAGGACAACGGCUCAAAGCAGCUGAGGUUUGAUGACGUGGUGAAUCAGUCGAGUCCACAGAACUGCACGGUGUACUGCGGCGGGAUCCAGUCGGGUCUCACAGAACAUCUGAUACGACAGACAUUUUCACCAUUUGGUCAAAUCAUGGAGGUCAGGGUAUUUCCAGAGAAAGGAUAUUCCUUCAUCAGGUUCUCCACCCAUGACAGCGCUGCGCACGCCAUCGUCUCUGUAAACGGGACAGUCAUUGAGGGACAGAUGGUGAAGUGCUACUGGGGCAAAGAGUCUCCUGACAUGGCAAAAAGCUCGCAGCAGGUGGAUUACAGCCAGUGGGGCCAGUGGAGCCAGGUGUACGGAGACCCGCAGCAGCAGCAACAGCAGCAGCAGCAGCAGCAGCAGCAGCAGCAGCAGCAGUACGGCCAGUACAUGGCCAACGGCUGGCAGGUUCCCUCCUACAACAUGUACGGACAGACAUGGAGCCAGCAGGGAUACGGAGCCGAGCAGUCCCAGUCGACAGCCUGGAUGGGCGGCUACGCCUCGGCCCCGACGCCUCCCGACACCGUCGUUUCCAACGUGGGGAAUUUCAACAUGGCCGGCUACCAGAUGCAGUGAGAUGUUUCCGACCCGAACACGCCACCAAGGGAAAAAACAGAAACAAAACGGCACUUUUCUUCUGGACAGAAACGAGAGAACAGGAGUCGUAUUUAUACAGAGUUUGGUCGUUAACAACCGGUUUUAUAAAUCACUCUCCUCCUGACUCAGAUUUUGUUAAUAUGGUGAUUAUUUACAAUUUUGAUGUUUUAGAAAAGGAAAACCAAAGCAGCUAACCUGGCCUGAAUAUCGAAGGAUAAACCAAAAGUUUAAACAUUUGAAAUCCAAACAGAAAAACUUCUUAUAGUCACUAAUUUUGCUGUUUUUAAAUCCAAAACUUGACAUUUCAAAACACUUUGGGAAUGUGUUGAAUUUAGCAGCAUGAAUGUUAAAUUAUCCUCCCUCCCAGCCCGGAAAUGUUUUUAGAAAUAUAUUUUAGUGGAUUUACUAAUAGGGAUGUUUUUCUAAAACAGAACAAACUUUAGAUUUUCCUUUUCAUGCCGGGUUUUGACGCAGUUUUGCAUAAAUCAAUCGUUAUUGAAGAUUAUUAUUCGGCUGCUUCGUGUUGCUCUUUAAAAUAUGUCAGAAAUAUAAGUGGGAUUUUUGUUUUCCUGAAUAAAGUUUGUGUACAAAGAAAUCCUAAGAACGCCAUCUUUUUAAAGGAGUUUAUUUUCAUCUUUUGCAGUGGAGGGCUUGUCGUUUCCAGACGUUGAUGGUUUUAUUUUGGAUGAUAAUGCAGCCGAGUUUGAAUUUAUGCUGUUGAGUCUGGAAAAGGCUGCACCUUUAUAGUCCCUGUGUAAAUAACCUUAAAACUUGGUAGCGGUGACCGGCUUUUUGCUCAUUUUGAAGCAGUUUGGUCAGAGGAGCUCUCUCUUUUUAAAUGUUGAUUUCUGGUUGGCAGCAGGAUUUAUUGAAUUUUCAUUGGAUGCUUACAAAUUUUAGCAAGAUUUAUUUAUUUUUGUUCUUUUAAAACAUUUUCAUUUCUAGUCAAAUUACAAUAAGACAAUUACUUGAAUCCUGCUGUUUUGGGUUUUACUUGUGCUUUUCUGCAUGGUGUGUCAGAAUUUAAAAGGCAUAUAUCAGCAUUUUCACCAGGAAGAUUAAUUAAUUUACAUUAUAAAAAUUUAGAUUUAUCAGCUCUUUCUGUAAUUCACCACAAAAACAAAAUAUAGACCACAAAUUUUUGCCAGCUGAUGUGAUUCUAACUAGAAUAAAUGUACAGUGAUUGUGCAAGCCUCACUUUUUCCACAUAAAAUGUCCAUCUUUUACUACGAUGUGUUGUGACACGCCAGUCAAACUCUAGAAGUUUAUCUCCAGGUUUGUUAUUUGUAAACCAAGUUCUUUAGACCUAAAAGUGCUGGAUAAGAGGAAUAAAUACUGAUUUGCAGUCCAACUCAUUUGUUUGGUUUUGAUGCUCAACGUUGAAGCUAAUUAUCAGGGCUAAACAUGCAUGAGGAACUUUUGGGGAUUUAAUUCGACCUGCAGAAAUCAGUAAACAUUUUGUGGACAAAUAACAGCUGGAAAAAGAAAAAAGGUAUUUAAUUUCUGGGUAAACUUUAUGCUCACAAACAACCAUGUCCACCUUAGCGGCGAUCCGUCUUAUCCGGGUUAUAAACUCUGUUGUGUCCUCUUACUUUAUUCCUUUAAUUUAUUUCAUAAUACUGAAAAUAAAACACAUCCAUUCAACAUGUUCCUCUUUUUAAACCAAACAGUUUCUCCAGUAAAAACAUAAAAACUGAAUAUCACAGCUUCUAUAUAUGGUAUUCAUUUCCUGUUUAAGAGCAGUGUGGUUACCAAGGUAUUUUUAUUGACAAAAAUCCUUUUAAAAAUGUACUGGAGCGUUCUUGUUUUCAUUUUUUGUAGAUUGAACCUCUGCUGUAUGAUAUGUGCCCUUUAAAAAGCUAAUUUCUGUGCUGAACGAAAUGUUUUGGUUCUUUUCAGUUCUGAAGUGUUCAAGGAAUCGUAAACCUUUAUAAAAUGUACAUAAUGUUGAUUAACACCCUCUAGAAGAAUAUUCUUUUUGAAUAUUUUAGCAGCAUAAUUUAUGAAUACGCCUUAAUUGAUUUGUUAAUAAAGUUAAACGGCCGAUUUGUUUUGAAAACGUUGAAUUUUUCCUCGUAUUUAUGUGUGUGCCAUUUCCUGUGUGCAGCACAGCGGCUGAGCUGCUCCAACGAAUCGCUUCGGACGUGAAUGUAAUUAUUUUUUGGAGCUGUUGAAGUUAGCAGAAAAGAAAACUCAGUCACUUCCAAUAAAGGAGCAUUUGUA